AUGCAGAGCUUCGAUGAGGUCCCUCGCCCGGCUGAGGCCGAAGUAAGGAGCACUGUCUCCGGCGCUGGUCGCUCUUCCCGGACCGCCUCACUCGGUGACAGCGGCUCAUUACAGUCUCCGGCGGAGCCCAGCACAGUCCCAGAAGCAUCGACAAGCCACAGAACCUCCGAAGAGCAGACCGAUGGCGCAUCGAAUGCUCACAUCGAUGAAGAAGGCGGAUUAAAACGAUCGCCUCUUUCGCCUUUUAGCCCUCCUCCCGGCGCCGGUCCCUUUAACCCCCCAGCCGCUCCCUCGAUCAGCGAAGAUGUCGGCGAUGAAGAGGACGAAGAACCACGGAUAGCGACCUCUUUUGAGCGCGACUCUCGACCUACAUCAGCGCAGAAGCAACGGCAGGUAUAUCUGGAUACCGGGGGUGACGAUGGAAUAUACCGGAUGCACAAGUUCUCGCUUUAUGAGACGGCAACUUGGUUCUACGUGGUGGGCAUGGAUCUGUCGGACACUCGAUUUCGAAUUCUGAAGAUCGAUCGGACCUCUGAGACGGAUGACUUGAGUAUUACCGAGGACGAGAUAGUGUAUACGAAGAGACAGAUGAGCCAGUUGUUGGAUGCGAUCGACGAUGGAAACAAGAGCUCGGGCGGGCUGAAGCUCAAAUGCAGCGCCUGGGCUAUACUCGGUUUUGUGCGGUUUACUGGGGCGUACUACAUACUUUUGGUCACGAAACGCAGCCAGAUCGCUAUGCUUGGAGGCCACUAUAUCUACAAGAUAGACGGCACUGAGCUCAUCUCGCUCACGGCAUCUUCGACUUCGUCUCGGUUCAAGUCUGACAAGAACGCCGAGGAGGCUAGAUAUAUCGCGAUUCUCAACAACCUCGACCUCACGCGAGCGUUUUAUUUCAGUUAUUCGUAUGAUGUCACGCAUACACUGCAGCAUAAUAUCAGUUGGGAACGCAAAGUUCAUGAGGACGGACAGCCGAGGGAUAUGCGACAGGAUUUCAACACCAUGUUCAUCUGGAACCACCAUCUUCUCUCGCCGGCUAUCAUGCAUUUGAAAAAUCCAUACCAGUGGUGCUUGCCGAUCAUCCAUGGUUAUGUCGAGCAGGCCAAAAUGUCCGUUUAUGGUCGCCUGGUGUACAUCACAAUAAUCGCCCGACGGUCGCGCUUCUUUGCCGGCGCUCGCUUUCUGAAAAGAGGCGCAAAUGACUUAGGAUAUGUCGCCAAUGAUGUAGAAACCGAGCAAAUUGUUUCCGAAAUGACCACGACCUCGUUUCAUGCCGCCGGCCCAGACCUGUACGCGAACCCGCUUUACACAUCUUAUGUUCAGCACCGCGGAAGUAUUCCUCUCUACUGGACGCAGGAAAACUCGGGAGUCAGUCCGAAGCCUGACAUCCAGCUGAACCUUGUUGACCCGUUCUACUCUGCCGCUGCGUUGCACUUUGAUAACCUGUUUGCACGGUACGGCGCACCGAUUUACAUUCUCAAUCUCAUCAAGUCGCGAGAGCGAACACCGCGCGAGUCGAAACUUCUGAAAGAAUAUACGAAUGCAGUAGAGUAUCUGAACCAGUUCCUCCCCGAGGACAAGAAACUCAUAUAUAAACCCUGGGAUAUGAGUCGGGCAGCAAAGAGUCGAGACCAAGAUGUUAUUGAAACCCUGGAAGAUAUCGCGAGCGAGAUCAUUCCAAAAACCGGCCUCUUCCAGAACGGACAUGACGCCGAGUCGGGCUUGAGAGUGCAAAACGGCAUUGCGAGAACGAAUUGUAUAGAUUGUCUCGACCGCACCAACGCAGCCCAGUUCGUCAUUGGAAAGCGGGCGCUAGGCUACCAGCUUCACGCGUUGGGUAUCAUCGAGGGAACGACUGUUGACUACGAUACUGAUAUUGUCAAUCUCUUUACCGAUAUUUGGCAUGACCAUGGUGACAACAUUGCUAUCCAGUAUGGAGGCUCACAUCUUGUCAACACGAUGGCAACCUACCGCAAAAUCAAUCAAUGGACUAGCUCAUCUCGCGACAUGGUAGAAAGUUUCAAGCGGUACUACAACAAUUCGUUUUUAGAUGCCCAGCGUCAGGAGGCAUAUAAUCUGUUUUUGGGAAACUACAUCUUCUCGCAAGGGCAACCCAUGCUCUGGGAUUUGCCCACCGACUACUACCUCCAUCACGCCGAUCCAAGAUACUGGGCCAACAAAAAGAAGCCGAAUUAUAUUAACUGGUAUACCGAGGAGAACUUGAAAGAACGAGAGAUGCCGGUUCCUGCGACUCAACCUAAGGAACCUUUGUCCCGAUACGACGACUAUUGGUUCGAAUACUAUCGCCCACUUGCUGUGACCUCGUUUUCCAAAGUCUUUUCGUACAAGAUGAACUCAACACUUCGAUACCUUCCUUUCCGACCAAACUCUACACACGAGUACAACCUCAGCCCUUUUGUUCCACGCAUCGCCCACGAGCACCUCAACCGGCAACGACCCCAACGAAGUGUCAAAAUCCAAGAACCAGAACCGUCAGCAACGAAUGCCCCGAAACACCCACACCAUCCACGCUUCCUUGAAACGCCAACAGGGAUAAUUAAGCUGCCGCAAUCGCAAGGAACAACCCGUUCAACAACAUCCAGCCAUCCGUCUAUGGACUCGUCAGUCAACAAUCCCAGUAAAGCGCAAAUCGCACAAUGGACCCUCGACCAACUCGUAAGCGACUCCUUAAAUCCCUCUGUCACCGGAAACGAAGCAGAAGAGUACGAACGGUAUAUCAACCACCCACUAAAAGUCCCGCUGGUCGUCACCUCUGAAGACGAGCUAACAGCCGCGUCUAUCCGGGAGCACGAGUCCAAUCUCGACCUUCUGGAAUACGUCAACAAGUGCAACGUAGAGGAGUAUACCCUCGGAACGAACGCGGAGGAGAAUCUAGCCGAUUACGCCGAAUUCCUGAAUGUCUCAGAACAAGGCUUGACGGUCGUGAAGGAAGACCAGGACAAGAAGAGGUACAAGCGGUAUCGCCAGUGGCUGAAAGGGAAGAGUUUGUUUAAACAGAUGGUUGAGGCGUAG